GGGCCGGACUGGAGAGCGCCGCGCCCGCCGCUGCCAGCCCCGCCGGAGGCACCGCGCCCUGCUCCGCUAUCGCCGGCGCCAUGGACCGAGGCCGGGUGCUGGAGCAGCUCCUACCCGAGCUCGCAGGGCUGCUCAGCCUCCUGGACCACGAGUACCUCAGCGACACCACUCUGGAGAAGAAGAUGGCCGUGGCCUCCAUCCUGCAGAACCUGCAGCCCCUCCCAGCCAAAGAAGUCUCCUACCUGUACGUGAACACAGCGGAUCUCCACUCUGGGCCAAGCUUCGUGGAGUCCCUCUUUGAAGAAUUUGACUGUGACCUGAGUGGCCUUCAAGACAUGCCAGAGGAGGAGGCGGAGUCCUGCAAAGGAGCCAGUCCUGAGCCAGCCAAGAGUCCAUCUCUGAGACACACAGCUGACCUGCCUCCACCGCUCCCCAACAGGCCUCCACCUGAGGACUACUAUGAGGAGGCCCUUCCCCUGGGACCUGGCAAGUCCCCUGAGUAUAUCAGCUCCCACAAUGGCUGCAGCCCAGCCCACUCGCUUAUGGAUGGCUACUAUGAGGAUGCAGACAGCAGCUACCCCGCCACCAGGAUGAAUGGGGAGCUGAAGAAUUCUUACAAUGACUCUGACGCCAUGAGCAGCUCCUACGAGUCGUAUGAUGAGGAGGAGGAGGAAGGCAAAGGGCCACAGCCCACACACCAGUGGCCCUCAGAGGAGGCCUCCAUGCACCUGGUGAGGGACUGCAGGAUAUGUGCCUUCCUGCUGCGGAAAAAGCGCUUCGGGCAGUGGGCCAAGCAGUUGACCGUCAUCAAGGAGGACCAGCUCCUGUGUUACAAAAGCUCCAAGGACCGGCAGCCGCAUCUGAGGCUAGCGCUGGAUGUCUGCAAUGUCAUUUAUGUGCCCAAGGACAGCCGGCACAAGAGGCACGAGCUGCGCUUCUCCCAGGGGGCUACUGAAGUCCUGGUGCUGGCACUGCAGAGCCGGGAGCAGGCCGAGGAGUGGCUGAAGGUCAUCCGAGAGGUCAGCAAGCCCGUCGGGGGCACUGAGGGGGCAGAUGUGCCCAGAUCCCCAGUCCUCCUGUGCAAGGUGGACCUGGACAAGAGGCUGUCCCAAGAGAAGCAGACCUCGGAUUCUGACAGCCUAGGCAUGGGUGACAGCUGUUCCACUCUUGGCCGUGAACACGGCAAAGGGAAGAAGAGCAGCCUGUCAGAGCUGAAGGGUUCCAUGAGCAGGGCUGCAGGCCGCAAGAUCACCCGUAUCAUCAGCUUCUCUAAGAAGAAGGCACUGGCUGAUGACCUGCAGACGUCCUCUACCGAGGAGGUUCCAUGCUGUGGUUAUCUGAAUGUGCUGGUGAACCACGGAUGGAAGGAACGCUGGUGCCGCCUGAAGUGUAACACCUUGUAUUUCCACAAGGACCGCACAGACCUGCGGACCCACGUGAACGCCAUUGCCCUCCGUGGUUGUGAGGUGGCCCCAGGCUUUGGGCCCAGACACCCAUUUGCCUUCAGGAUCCUACACAACCGGCAGGAAGUUGCCAUCUUGGAGGCAAGCUGCUCAGAGGACAUGGGCCGCUGGCUUGGGCUGCUGCUAGUGGAGAUGGGAUCCAAAGUCACUCCUGAAGCUUUGCACUAUGACUAUGUGGACGUGGAGACCCUAACCAGCAUCGUCAGUGCAGGGCGCAACUCCUUCCUAUAUGCAAGAUCCUGCCAGGAUCAGUGGCCUGAGCCCCGAGUCUAUGAUGAUGUUCCUUAUGAAAAGAUGCAGGACGAGGAGCCUGAGCGUCCCUCUGGAGCCCAGGUCAAGCGCCAUGCCUCCACUUGCAGUGAGAAGUCCCAUCGGGUCGACCCACAGGUCAAAGUCAAGCGCCACGCCUCCAGUGCCCAUCAAUAUAAGUACGGUAAGAACCGAGCUGAGGAGGAUGCCAGGAGGUACCUGGUAGAAAAAGAGAAGCUGGAGAAAGAGAAAGAGACAAUCCGGACAGAGCUGACGGCACUGCGGCAGGAAAAGAGGGAACUAAAGGAAGCCAUUCGGAACAACCCAGGGGCAAAGUUAAAGGCUCUUGAAGAGGCUCUGGCCACCCUGGAAGCUCAGUGUCGGGCAAAGGAGGAGCACCGGAUAGACCUGGAGCUGCGGCUGGUGACUGUGAAGGAGCGCUUGCAGCAGUCCCUGGCAGGGGGCCCAGCCCUGGGGCUCUCCGUCAACAGCAAGAAGAAGAGUGGGGAAACUGCAAAUAAACCCCAGAACAAUGCCCCAGGGCAACCUCUCCCUGUCAAUUGUGUUUCUGAGUUACUGAAGAGGAGCCCAUCCAUCAUAAACUCCAAUCAAGGAAGGGUGCUACAAAAAGCCAAGGAAUGGGAAAUGAAGAAGACCUAGAAAGAAGAUGAGGAUUUCAUCCAAAGGAAAUAACACCUUGUCCAUCCAAGGCAAAGCCUUUUUUACAAGGAGACAUCAGAAGACUGGAAGUAGCCCAAACUCUCUGGCCAUCCCAAAGACCAGCCUUUAUUGUCUGCAUGAUUAUAGGGAAUAUGGGAAGAAAAGAAGUGGAAUAGGGAAACAGAGGGCAUCCUUAUAACUUUACAGAGGGUGGAAAUGGGGGCAGAGGGAGACAGAAAUCUCUACAGUUGUAAAGGUUUUGUUGAUUGUCUUUGCCUUCCCCUCUGAAGAAGAAAUGAAAGCACAUGUGAAUAAGCCAUUCCAUCCCCUUCUCAGCAUCCCAUUCCCAGUCCAUAGGAAAAAGGAAGGUCCUGAAGCAUCGGUGGUGCAGUACAGAGAGAUGGGACUUGAUCAUCUGACAACACCUGUGCCAAAUGGAUUCACACUGGGCAUUACUGACAAUCUCUAGGCAAAACAGGCUGAAAAAUCAAUACCAUUAUCCCUACUUGCAUGAAGUGAACAAAAACUACAGAGAUUAUGCAAAUUCUACAAUCAUUCCUCAUGACACAGAUUCUAGAAUCCCAGAUUUGAGUGUUUUCAAAUCAGAGAUCUGGCACAGAGGAGUUCAGCAGGCCAAGAAGUUCAGCAGCUGACAUAUUUUAAGCUCACAGUGCUACUCAGAAGCACAGAUUUCUAAUGUCCACAGAAUGUUGCAGGCACUGUAAGGUGGGAUCAUUUGCUAUCAAUCAAGUCCCCCACCUACUGUAUACAGCACUCAGGCUCUGGGAGCUAUGAUUAGAAACCCAGGUGAUACUCUUUAUGUCUUUAACCUUACUUUGCACUUGGAGACCCACCAGUCCGCCCUUUAAACCCUACUAUCAAGUAAACCUAUCACAUAAAACCAAAA